UAAACGAACAACAGACAACCCUGAAAUUAACCUCAAAACUGGAAAGUGGUGGUCUUUUAAAUUUUGAUUAUUUCCUAUUUCUUUUUUUAGCCGAAAUGUAAUUAUUGUUUAAGUGUAAAAAGCCGACGAAUAAAACUUACGUACUUCUUAUUCUUAAGCCUCAGUCAAAUUUUACUAUUAACAAUGGAAGUGGAAGGAUUUCCAGGUUUAAUAAAAACAAUCACUGAUGAUCAGGAAGUAGAAGAUUUCUCUGAAGAAUCCGACGUUGAAGAAGAGUAUCAACCUUCAAAACAAAAAGUGAAAAGGAAAGCUGAUUUUGACCCAAACUUUAAAUUUGUUGGUUCUGUAGAAGAAUAUAACAGGGACCCAUGGGAUGACUUACACAAGUAUGUGCGUAGAAAUGUAAAAAGAACCCUCGACCAGAAGAUUGAGCAGAAGAGAGCCGAGGUCAAGGUUAAAGGCAAUAUUGAUGUGGACACAGAUUCAGAGGGUGACACUAAAGAUGUUGAUGUAGAUGAACUAGAAAUAUCAGACGAUGAACUCAAGAAAGAUGAAAUCAAAACUAAACAGAAGAAGUUAACAAAAAAGCAAAAACUCAAGGAGCAGCUAAAGGAAGAUGAAAGCCAAGGUGCCAAAAUAGAGUACGACUCAGAUUUCUUUGAGGAACCACCACCAUACGAUGAGAAGGCAUCAUUUUAUAUGAUGAAUCUGUCGAGGCCCCUGCUGAAGGCAAUAGGCAGUCUCAACUAUGUCCACCCCACACCUGUACAAGCAGCUACAAUUCCUAUAGCUUUAUUAGGUAAGGACAUCUGCGCGUGCGCGGCGACGGGCACGGGCAAGACGGCGGCGUACAUGCUGCCCAUACUGGAGCGGCUGCUGUACAAGGCGGGCGGCGAGCGCGUCACGCGCGUGCUGGUGCUGGUGCCCACGCGCGAGCUGGGCGCGCAGGUUCACUCAGUGACAAGACAAUUGUCCCAAUUUACGCCUGUAACCAUUGGGUUGUCAGUUGGAGGUCUGGAUGUCAAAUAUCAGGAGAGCGUGUUACGUCACAACCCGGACAUCGUCAUCGCGACCCCGGGCCGUCUCAUAGACCACAUCCGAAACACGCCGUCGUUUGGUUUGCACUGUAUCGAAGUAUUGGUUUUGGAUGAAGCAGACAGGAUGCUCGACGAGUAUUUCGCCGAGCAGAUGAAGGAGAUCAUCCGCCAGUGCUCGCCCAAGCGCCAGACCAUGCUGUUCUCUGCCACCAUGAGCGAUGAGGUCAAGGACCUUGCCGCAGUGUCUCUGAACAAACCCGUCAAAUUGUUCCUCGACUCUAACAAGGACGUCGCUUUCAAUUUGAGACAGGAAUUCGUUAGGAUCCGGCGCGAGCGCGAGUCUGACCGCGAGGCCCUGCUGGCGGCGCUGGUGUGCCGCACCUUCCGUGACCGCGCCGUCAUCUUCGUGCAGACCAAGAAGCAGGCGCACCGUCUGCACGUCGCGCUGGGACUGCUGGGCAUCAAGGUGGCAGAGCUGCACGGAGCGCUGAACCAGCCGCAGCGGCUGGACUCGCUGAAGCGCUUCAAGGAGGAGCAGGUGGACGUGCUGGUGGCGACGGACGUGGCGGCGCGCGGGCUCGACAUCCCCGGCGUCAAGACCGUGCUCAACUUCACGCUGCCUGCCACGCUGGAGCACUACAUACACAGGGUGGGACGCACGGCGCGGGCGGGUCGCGCCGGCGUGUCGGUGUCGCUGGCGGGCGAGGCGGAGCGCGCGCUGGUGAAGGCCAUCGUGCGGCGCGCGCGGCGCCCCGUCAAGUCGCGCCAGGUGCCGCCCGACAUCGUCGCCAAGUACCGGGAGAAGCUCAACCGGCUGGAGCCCGAGAUCGCAACGAUCCUAGAUGAAGAAUACGCGGAGAAGCAACUGAAGAAAAUGGAGAAACAGACCACCAAGUUAGAAAGCGCUAUCAAGAAGGAGGACGGAGGCCCCAAGGUCGAGAUCCAACGCCAGCACGACUGGUUCCAGACGCCCAAACAGAAGAGAGAGGAGAAGGAGCGGCUGGCGCUGACACAACACCCUGGGAAAGUUGACAAAGCCCAGAAGGGCAAAGGCAAGAAACGCAAGCGGGGCGACGACUCCGACGACGAAGACAUUAACAAGAACAAGAAGAAGAAACAAACCAAGCACGCGCCCAAAGACACAGCAGAGGAACGAGUCAGGAGAGAAAUGGAAAAGGUGGCAUUACUCCAAUCGCGAAUGGAGAAGAGGAAGAAGAAACAAAAAAGAAUUCGCGCCGUAGAAGAGGACGACGAACGGCCGGCCAGAACCGCAAACAGAAAACCUAACAAAUCCAAGAAAAAGCAAUCAAACUUCGCCAGCGACCUCACUGAUACCUCACGCACUUCCACCAAGCGUCUGAGGUACGAGGCGAACAGGGUACAGAAAGGCAAGCCCUUACAAAAUGGUAAACCUUUCCAAAAGGGCAAAGGAAAGACAACGAAAGGCAAAACGUUCGGAAAACCGCAAUCUGGCAAAAAAGGUUCCCGUAAGAAAUAGUAAAUACACUUAAUUAUUAAACUGA